UUCGUGUUAAGAAGCAGUUUCCCGACUGUGUUGCACAAACCACCCGCAAUACAGCGGUCCCCUUGUUGCGGCAACUUCCCCGGGGCUUCAACCAGACCGAACGUCAUAAAGCGCAUCCCUAUCAACCAGCAGCAGCAUCUUGCAGCACCACCUCCAUAGGGCGCACAGAGGACGGAUCCUAAGCAGCUGAAUCUCACACAUACGCCCCCGCUUCUCAGAAAGUCACAAUCCAAAAAGAUGUCAUCGGCAAGUCUUCCCCCUACAGGUCGCGCAAUCGUCAAAAACGUCCUGUCAGGAGACACUGUGGUGCUUCGUGCGAGGCCUCAAGGUGGACCGCCGCCGGAGAAAGUCCUCUCGCUUGCUAACCUCCAGGCGCCGCGUCUUGGCACCGCAAGAGAUCCGGAGAAGGAGGAGCCAUAUGCGUACGAGUCCCGCGAGUUUCUCCGUCAACUCUUGGUCGGCAAAGAAGUCGCCUACAAGGUCGAAUACACCACAUCCACAAACCAGCGCGAUUUCGGUGUGAUCGUCUUGCAACACCCAGUAGACGGCGAGUCCAAUGUCAACCGCCUUGCGAUCAAGGAGGGGUGGGCGCGCGCUAGGGCCGCGGACGGGAAGAGGACAGCCACUGACGAGCAGGAGCAGCUUGCGAUCCUGGAGGCGGAGGCUUCAGCAAACCAGAAGGGCAUCUUCCGGGACACCGGCGCCGCUGCGAGGACUGUCAGCUAUGAUGUGAAGGACGACGCGAGGGCGUUCUUGGAGAAACAUAAGGGGAAGCCAAUACCCGCGGUGCUGGAGCAAGUGCGCGAUGGAUCCACUUUCAGGGUCUUGCUGCUGUUGCCUGACGGAACGCAUCAGUACAUCACCCUCAUGCUGUCGGGAUUGAAGGCGCCAACGUAUCGUAAGGGCGUGCCCAACGUUCAGGACCUCGUAGAGGAGUACGGCGAGGAAGCCAAGUAUUUUGUCGAGUCGCGAUUGUUGCAGCGGGACAUCAAGGUGGUCCUGGAAGGCUUGUCGUCAAAUGACAACUUUGUCGGAUCCGUUCAAUUCCCUGCGGGCAAUAUCGCGGAAGCUCUUCUCGCUGAAGGUCUCGCCAAAGUGGUCGACUGGAACAUCACGCUGGUGACGGGAGGCCCACAGCGAUACCGCGCCGCUGAGCAAAAGGCCAAGGACAAGAAGCUUCGUCUGUGGAAAACCUGGGCGGGCAAGCCACGCGUUGCUGGACCAGAGCCUGAGUUUGAUGCCGUCGUUACCCGUGUCAUUUCCGCCGAUACGCUGAUCGUUGAAAGUGCGGCAACUGGCAAGGAGCGCCGCAUUCAGCUGGCAAGUAUCCGUGCACCCAAAGGUCCCGAGAAGAAGGAACAACCUGCUGCACGUGACGCAUCCAUCAAGGAGUACGGAUACGAUUUCGAAGCCAAGGAAUUCCUGCGCUCUCGUUGUAUCGGCAAGCCUGUCCACGUCGUCAUUGACUACGUCAAGCCCGCCGAAGGACAGUAUGAGGAGCGCGAGUGCGCCACAGUCACGCAGGGCUCCAAGAACCUCGCAGAAUUGCUCGUCUCGCGAGGUCUCGCCGACAUCAUCCGCCACCGCAAAGACGACGACAACCGAUCCUCGCAGUACGACUCCCUCCUGAUCGCCCUCGACCGCGCCCAGAAGGCCCAAAAAGGCAUCCACUCCCCCAAAGACGCGCCCCUGCACCGCAUCAGCGACGCCUCCGCCACCGUCAAUAAAGCCAAGCAAUUCUUCCCCUUCCUCCAACGCAGCGGCACCGUCGCCGGCGUCGUCGACUACGUCUCGAGCGGCUCCCGCUUCCGCAUCUACGUCCCCACCCAAAACUGCACCCUCACCCUCGUCCUCGGCGGCAUCCGAGCGCCCAAAGUCGGCCGUCCCGGCGAGAAAUCCGAACCCUUUGGCCAAGAAGCCCUCGACUUUGUCUCCAAGCGCGUCAUGCAACGCGACGUCGAGUUCUCCGUUGAAGGACAAGAUAAAGUCGGCGGGUUCAUCGGCGCCCUCUACAUCACCAUCAACGACGAGCGCAAGAACGUCGCGGCUAUGCUGCUUGAAGAAGGUCUUGCGAGCGUGCACGACUACUCGGCUAGCCAGAGCCCCAACUCGCACGUCCUGUACUCGGCGGAGAAGGGCGCGAGGGAGGCCAAGAAGGGGGUUUGGAAGAAUUAUACGGAGACUGAGGAGCCGGUGCAGGAGCAGAAGUUUGAUGAGAGCAAGCCGCUUGAAACGAAGGAUGUGAUUGUGUCGAAUAUUGAGGGCGGGGGAAGGUUGUUUUUGCAGGUUAAGGGGGCUGAUCUCAACCGCUUGGAGGACCUGAUGUCCAGGUUCGCGCAGCACCAUCAAUCGGCAUCCACCGGGGCCCAUCAACCACGUAAUGGCGAAUAUUGCAGUGCACAAUUCAGUGCCGACGACCAAUGGUACCGUGCCCGCGUCAAGAAAACCAACCCCGACAAAACCUACCAACUCAUCUAUAUCGACUACGGCAACUCCGAAACCGUGCCCUCCACCCGCAUCCGCCCCCUCGACCCCUCCUUCUCCACCACGCACCUGGCCCCACAAGCCAUCGAAGCCCGCCUCGCCUACCUCCGCGUCCCGGAGCUCGACCAGGACUACGGCGAAGAAGCGUACGAGUACCUCCGCGAUGCCACGGAGAACCGGGAUCUGGUCGCCAAAAUCGUCGGCAAGGUCCCCGGUGUCUCCUCGCCCCAAGCCCUCAACGUUAUCCUGUACGACAAGAAGUCCCUCACCUCCGCCGGGGGUGAAAGCAUCAACGAACGUGUAGUCCGCGACGGCUUCGGGACGGUGGAGCGCGCGAUCGUGAAGCGGUUGAAUGCGGAGGCGAAGACGGUGGAUAAAGUUGCUGCGUGGAGUAAGGCGCAGAAGACGGCGGGGAACAAGACGGUUGUGGAACGUAUGGUGGACGCCCAGGAGGAGGCGAAGGGGGCGAGGACGAAUAUGUGGAGGUAUGGGGAUUUUACGGAGGAUGAUGAGUAAGAGUUGUGGGUCUACUUUACGGCGUGCGGUGCAACGGCGGUACCUGUGUUAUAGGGUGGACGCUCGAAGGACUC